AGACAUCGGGGUCACACAAGUACUUUGAGGUAUACAGUUGUCGGAUUGUUGAAAGUGCAUUCUGCGUUCAUUUGUAGCUAAAGGAGCAAAAGGAAGCUUAAGCAAUAGUUUGGUCCAAUGAAAAAGAUGAUAAAAUUAGGAACCAUUCAUAUAAGAGAUUUCUUUCUGUUAACCAUUGCGUUUGCUAUGUGUGUGUUCUUGCCAUUGAACUUGCUGAAAAAACCCUUGAAUGCAAAUGAGGUUCAAGUACAGUUAACAUCGAUGGGACCAAUUAUUACAAGUAAGGAAAGGUUUCGCAUUCUCUGGUACAACCCAGCUGGACAUUUUACAGUUACCCAUAGGGAUGCGUUGUAUUGUGGUUUUGAAAAAUGCAAAUACAAUAACUGUGAAAUGACUGUAAAUACAUCAGAUGCAAAUAUCAGUCAGGCUGUCAUUUUUGAUGGUCGUAAUAUGCCAAGGAAUGUUAGCUUCAUACGUCCAAAUGGCCAGAUAUGGAUUUUCGCAGCUCACGAAUCUCCUAUUUCAUACGGCGACACAGGGACAUGGUGGUAUAGAAAUAAAGACUACUCCUUCAACUGGACGAUGACUUAUGACAAAGAUAAUUCUGACAUAUAUUUGCCAUACGGAGAAAUACUGAAACACAAAUCCGAAGUAAUACGGGACUACAAAUCAAUUUCACAAAAGAAAAACAAAACUCUCUUAAUAAUAGUUUCACAUUGUAAUGUAAGAUCUAAACGUCAGGAAUAUGUUAAUAAGUUAAAGAAAUAUGUUGACGUUGAAGUAUUGGGACUUUGUGGGAAAAGGUGGACAUGUGGUACUCACUACAAACACGACGAAGACUGCUUUAAACUUUUAAAUACAACUUAUAGAUUUUAUUUAGCCUUCGAAAAUGCGUUUUGUCAUCAGUAUAUAACAGAGAAGUUCUACGAUAAUUUCAAUUAUGAUCUAAUUAUGUUGGCACGUGGUGGAAGCCCUGGCGAAACUAAACAAAUAUUUCCCAAGGGAACUUUUUUAUCAACCGAUGAAUUCGAAUCCGUUGAAGAUCUUGCAAACUUUCUUAAACAUAUCAGUGUUGAAACAUAUACCGCCUUUUUAAAGCGGAAAAGUCAAUAUUACUCAGCUGGGUAUUUGUAUGUAUAUCAAAGAGCUAUGUGCAACUUAUGUGAAAGGAUGAAUCAUCAGA